AACGCAUAAUGGCCGUUCGGCUAGUAAAUUGACAGUUUAAGAAAUUAUAUAGAAUUUAUGAAAUAAACGUAUUAUCGAAAUAAUUUAAUAAUAAAUGAAAAUAUCGAAAACAAUGUUUCAUAAAUAAAUAUUACAAUAAAUAAAUACCAUUAAAAGCAUUUUAUGUGCUGAAAAUUAUAGCAUUAUUCAUAUGAACAUAAUGCAAUGGUACGGACGUGAAAAUAAUUAAAUUAAAAAUGCGUUGCUGCGUCUUGGGAUGUAAAAAUGAUUCCCGACACAUCUCCAAGUCACAAGGGAUUACAUUUCACGUGUUUCCUAAUGAGAGCACCUUACGCACGGCAUGGCUCCGAGCUCUCAAUAGGAUGGAUUGGGAGCCAAAAGAGCGAAGUGCAGUGUGCUCUGACCAUUUUCUGUGCGAGGAUUUGUAUGAAACAAAGAGUGGGUUGAGGAAGGUCAGAGUUGGCGCUGUACCCUUUAUAACGCAGGACUCAUCCACUUGUGAUUUUGAAGAGGCUGCUAAUUUAGAAGUAUGUCGAGGAUGUUUAGUGAGGGACUGUAAGUUAUUCAAAAUAAGCAAAUACAAUCUGAAAAAAGCGUAUGAAAAUGUUACAGGUGUUGUGGUGUGUCAAGACGAGAAGUUACCGCAGACGCUGUGCUACGAAUGUGCCGCACAACUCGUCCGCUAUAACCGGUUCAGAAUGAAAUGCGUGCGCGCCAACACACUCAUGCUGGAGAUUAUUAAGAAACACAAUAAGUUAACACUUCAAAAUAUAAAAAAAAUUAACAGGGAAGAUAAUAAGUUAACAUCCACAUUGUUAUGGGAAUUAUAUCCUUCAAACCAUUACCAUUAUCAUAUUAACCACGAUGAUACCAAAAUAGAACCAGUCGACGAGAUCAAAGACGAGAUCGACAACGAAAUAUAUCUGAAUGAGGACGUGAAUGAUAUAACGCAUGCGGAGGAGAUAACGAAUGCGGAGGAAAUAACGAAUGCGGAGAACAUAACGAAUGCGGAUUUGUUGGAAAAUGAGAAUGGUUUGAAAAUCGAUGAGGACGCGACGGAUAAUUAUUCUUCAGACGACAGUUUGCCGUUGGAGAAGGCGAGGAAGAAGGGUAAAGUGGAGAAGAGAGUCGUUAAAAUUAGAAAGAAACAG